CCUAGUUUACCACUAGUCGGCAACUCACUCCCGAGCCGCGUUACUUUGUAGUGUUGAGUUGACUGUUAUGGCCAGUUAUUGCCAUGGGUCUUGACCGUGAAAGUGUGUAAGAGGAACACCACAGUGUAACACUCUCAUGUCGUGAAAUCCUGUACACUUGCAAGAAUCACUGAAACACCCUUUUGAGGUGAGUUUACUGUAAUGUAUCAUGUGAUCUUUAGCGGGAAGUUCAUGAGAGAUAAACACAUUUUCUUAGAGAUUUCAACGAAGAAUCUCUGCUUGUGCAAUGACGAUAUCCCUCGACAUUUCUCGGUGAAUCAUGUACGUACGACUAAGAAGUUUCCCAAAGCCAGAUCCUUUUGAGGUUAUUUCCUUUUGUGUUUUUGUUUGCUAUGAUCAUCUGGAUGCUCGAGGGAAUUUUUGAAAAAAGUCUUGUUUUAGGAAGUCCUCAUCCAUUGUCGAGAACAGACCAAAAUUUCAAGUAAAAAACUUAAUUAUACUAACUGCAGUGUUGUCGAUGUAGGAGCCUACUAUAAUCACCUGAUGUCCAGGAAUGUUCAGUCUAUAGGAAUGCGGCGUGGACUCACAAUAUGGUCUCUGGUAAAAUGGGGUGGAGGCUCGGCUGUGGUGUUACUGUUGUUGGUGGGGUUAUCCAUACACCCAAGGAAAGAGGCUGUAGUCACACAGGACGAGUCAGCAGGUCUUCCUGCGCGGUCGCUGCAGAAUGUUCUGACGUUUCUGCAGACGGAGACCUCGGGAAAAUCCGGACGAGCGGUUCCUUUGAAAUCAGUAGUAUCACCUGACAUCCAAGAAACAAGACACUGUAAGCCAGGUGAAUGGAUAGAAGGCCUCCCGCCACUCUACAUUGUAACCCCAACUUACCCACGAGCAGAACAGUUACCAGAACUCACACGAUUUGCCCAGACAUUAAUGAAUGUGCCAAAUGUUGUAUGGAUUGUGUCUGAAGAUGCCGCUGAACCAACUCAAGCUAUUGUCGAUUACCUGAAGGAUUGUGGCCUUAAAACUGUAUAUCUUAGGGUUCAAAUGCCAACAAAAUACCAGAAAGUCAAGAACAAACCGAGAGGAGUAGCUAAUAGAUUGGCUGGAUUAAACUGGAUUCGUGCAAAUGCUAAAGAUGGUGUUUUUUAUUUUGCUGAUGAUGAUAAUACAUAUGACAUCAGACUUUUUGAACAAAUGCGAUGGACUAGAGGGGUAUCCAUGUUUCCAGUUGGACUUGUAACAAGUCUUGGUGUAUCGACACCUAUUGUUAAGGAAGGAAAAGUUGUGGGUUUUUAUGAUGGUUGGAUUGCCAAGCGUAAAUUCCCAAUAGAUAUGGCUGGAUUUGCAGUCAAUGUUCAGUAUUUACUACAGAGGCCAAAUGCUACUAUGCCCUUCAAAGUUGGUUAUGAAGAAGAUGGAUUUGUAAAAAGUCUGGGGAUUACACCAGCAGAAAUAGAGCCAUUAGCUUUUAACUGCACAAAGAUUUGGGUGUGGCAUACACAAACAAAAAAGAAUAAUCCAGCAACUCCUGUUGUUCAAAAUAAUGCCACUGUUGGCACAAACCUUGAUAUCAUAAAGAACCUAAUUUGGAAGGGAAAGGGUAAUGAAGCAGAUAAUAAAAUUAAAAGUAAAGGAGCAUCUUGAAGAAGGUAGCUUGCUGAUGUACAUCAUUCCAUUACUACUUGACACCUGGAGGAACUCCAUUGGGGAAACCAAGCCUUGGCAAUACCCAAAGAAUUUCAAGUGCUAUUAUCUCCAGGCGAAAUCUUAAUCUGUGAUGUUAAUGUGUGCCGUUAAGUCAAUCUGUAUUUAUUGCAUUUCUAUUUUGUUAAUCAGUGCAGAAACAUUAAAUUUAUAUUUCUA